GCGAGCAAACAGAUAGACGGUUCGCGUCAUUUUCCUCGUGAGAUCCUCCGCUCCACCCCAUCUUCUCCACGCUCACUCGCUCGCUUCUGCUUACCGGCCACCAUGGCGGCAGCGCAAGGCGAGGACCCCGCGCCGCUGUACAAGGACGCGUCGGCGCCGGUGGAGGCGCGCGUGCGCGACCUGCUGGCCCGGAUGACGCUGCGGGAGAAGGCGGCGCAGAUGGCCCAGAUCGAGCGCACCGUCGUGUCGCCGCGCGCCCUCACGGACCUCGCGGCCGGCAGCGUGCUCAACGCCGGCGGCAGCGCCCCCCGCGAGCGCGCCUCCCCGGCCGACUGGGCGCGCAUGGUCGACGACAUGCAGCGGCUCGCCCUCGCCUCCCGCCUCGCCGUCCCCAUCCUCUACGGCACCGACGCCGUCCACGGCCACAACAACGUCUUCGGCGCCACCGUCUUCCCCCACAACGUCGGGCUCGGAGCCUCCAGGGACGCGGAGCUUGUGCGCAAGAUCGGCGAGGCGACGGCGCUCGAGGUCCGCGCCACCGGAAUUCAUUGGGCCUUCGCGCCCUGCCUCGCCGUUUGCAGGGAUCCGAGGUGGGGGAGAUGCUACGAGAGCUACAGCGAGGACCCAGAGAUCGUGCGCUCCUUGACCAACAUUGUCACCGGCUUGCAGGGCCAGCCACCGGCGGAUCACCCUCAUGGCUACCCGUUCCUUGCUUCGGUUAGGGAGAAUGUGCUUGCUUGCGCCAAGCAUUUUGUGGCGGAUGGUGGCACUGACAAGGGGCUCAACGAGGGGAACACCAUAUGCUCGCCAGAAGAUUUGGAAAGGAUCCACAUGAAACCUUACCCUGAUUGUAUAACUCAAGGGGUGGCGACGGUCAUGGCGUCCUACUCUAAGUGGAAUGGGGAGCCAUUGCAUGGCAGCCGCUAUUUGCUCACGGAUGUUUUAAAGGGCAAGCUUGGCUUCAAGGGUUUUGUGGUGUCAGACUGGGAGGGUAUUGACAGGCUCUGCGAGCCUCGAGGGUUCGAUUAUCGCUAUUGCAUUGCACAGUCAGUUAAUGCUGGAAUGGAUAUGAUUAUGAUACCUCACAGAUUUGAGAAAUUCUUGGAAGAUCUUGUGUUCUUGGUGGAGUCGGGGGAGAUACCAAUGUCACGGAUUGAUGAUGCUGUUGAGCGGAUUCUAAGGGUUAAGUUCAUAUCUGGAGUGUUUGAGCAUCCAUUUUCAGAUCCAUCUCUACAAGACAGUGUCGGUUGUAAGGAGCAUCGGCUGCUGGCUCGGGAGGCCGUCCGAAAGUCUUUGGUACUUCUGAAAAAUGGCAAGAAUCAGAAGGAAACGUUCCUUCCAUUGGCCAAAAAUGCAAAAAGAAUACUCGUUGCAGGGACACAUGCUGACAAUAUCGGAUAUCAGUGUGGUGGGUGGACAAUAGCAUGGCAUGGAGACAGUGGAAAGAUAACUCUUGGUACAAGCAUAUUGGAGGCCAUACAAGAAACCGUCGGAGUGGAAACUGAAGUUGUGCAUGAGCAAAACCCAACAGAAGCUAUCCUUGAAUCCGGAGGCUUUUCUUAUGCAGUUGUUGUUGUUGGCGAGGUUCCUUAUGCCGAAUGGUUGGGAGAUAGAACUGACCUUAGUAUUCCCUUCAAUGGUUCCGACCUUAUUAAUCGUGUUGCUAGUAAAGUCCCUACCCUAGUGAUUGUGAUAUCUGGAAGGCCCUUGGUCAUUGAGCCACAAGUACUGGAAAAGAUAGAUGCUCUAGUUGCUGCCUGGCUACCUGGAAGUGAGGGCAUGGGAAUUACUGAUUGCCUGUUUGGAGAUCAUGAUUUUGUGGGCACAUUGCCUGUAACGUGGUAUAGGUCUUCUGAUCAAUUGCCUAUAAAUGUAGGAGAUGUUAAAUAUGAUCCCUUGUUCCCUUUUGGAUAUGGGUUGAAAAUGUUCAGAAGGGAUGAAGUUUCACCGUGACCUCAUCCUUGGUUUAGUUAUACAUUUGAAUCGUAAUGUUACAUAUGUUGUACCUGUUGAGUGUUGGGUUAUGUAAAGGACAAAUAAUGUAGUGUUGAGAAUUAUGGUAUAAGGUGUACAAACCAUGUUUUCAUAUAUAUUCUUAUAUUUGAGUUGCUUCUUCAA